AUGCAGGCCCUGCCUGGACCUAGUCGAACAUCCUUUGCUCUGAAGGUUCAGCCUCCUUGGAGCGACGUUCUGAGCUCACAGCCUCGCAGAGAGCUGCUUCCUUGGUUUGCAUCCUGGGUGAGCGUGUGGGGAGAAGACUGUGAGUGCCGCCUCAGGAGACUGAGCAGGAGGCCAGGUCCCGAUUCUCCACUCACUCAUUUAUUCCCUGGGUGCACCGAGGCCUCGUCUGUCUUGGAGACUGAACAGAAGAGGGCGUGGCACCUGAGCCGUGCAGGGACCACGUCCCUCCCCGACUGCCCCUCCCCCAGGUGCCACGGCUUCCGCCAGGGGCUUUGCGCUGGGCUGGGGUGGCCCUGCCUCUGA